AUGGGCUCAUUCAAGAAAAGGAGCUCAUCAAAGAACCUAAGGUAUUCAAUGAAAAGAAAGACAAGUAGCAAAGUGACACCUAUAGAGAUCGAAGACGUGCACGACGCCGAGGAGUUAAAAUCAGUAGACGCAUUCCGUCAAGCGCUUAUCCUCGACGAGCUUCUCCCGGAGAAACACGAUGACUACCACAUGAUGCUAAGAUUUUUGAAGGCCAGGAAAUUCGAUCUAGACAAAACCAAACUCAUGUGGACUGAGAUGCUUCGUUGGAGGAAAGAGUUUGGUGCUGACACGGUCAUGGAAGAGUUUGAGUUUAAAGAAAUCGAUGAAGUGUUGAAGUAUUAUCCUCAAGGACACCAUGGAGUUGACAAGGAAGGAAGACCUGUGUAUAUCGAGAGGCUUGGUCAAGUAGACUCUACCAAGUUGAUGCAAGUCACGACGUUGGAUAGGUAUGUUAACUACCAUGUUAUGGAGUUUGAGAGGACUUUCAACGUUAAGUUCCCGGCUUGCUCCAUCGCUGCAAAGAAGCAGAUUGAUCAAAGCACUACUAUUCUUGAUGUCCAAGGAGUGGGACUUAAAAAUUUCAACAAGGCAGCUAGGGACUUGGUUACUCGUCUUCAGGCGGUUGAUGGUAACAACUAUCCCGAGAGCUUGAACCGGAUGUUUAUCAUCAAUGCUGGUUCAGGAUUCAGGAUGUUGUGGAGCACGGUUAAGUCCUUCCUUGACCCCAAGACUACAGCAAAGAUCAAUGUUCUUGGCAACAAGUACCAAAGUAAGUUGCUUGAGAUAAUUGAUGAAAGUGAACUCCCUGAUUUUCUUGGAGGUACUUGUACUUGUGCUGACAGUGGGGGCUGUAUGCGCUCUGACAAAGGCCCAUGGAACAAUCCAGAGAUCAUGCAGAGAGUUAAGAAUGGUGAUCACAAAUGCACAAAGAGAUCCCAAGCUGAAAACGGUGCUGAGGAGACCAUCUUUGAGGUAAGUGAAUCUACAGCAGAGCAGGCUCCUGAAGAGGCAAAAGAUUCAGCAAAGCCCUCAGAUUCAGCACAGCCCUCUUCCUCUGACAUUGUCCCUGUUGCUCACCCAGCCUGGAACAAGCCAGAAGCUCACAAAUUUUCCCUCUCAAAGAAGGAAGUUUAUGCCAUCCAAGAAGCAUGCAACAACGCUACAAACGAUGGAGGGAGGUCACCCAUUUUCACCGGCGUCAUGGCUCUUGUGAUGGGUGUUGUCACCAUGAUCAGAGUGACUAAAAACGUCCCAAGGAAACUAACCGAGUCGACCUUAUACUCGAGCCCCAUGUACUGUGACGAUGCAUCAAUGAACAAGAGUGCAAUGCAGUCAGAGAAAAUGAUGGUUCCCUCAAUCUCAGGAGAAGAUUUCAUGGCCAUCAUGAAAAGAAUGGCUGAGCUGGAGCAGAAAGUAACCGUCUUGAGUGCACAGCCAACAACUAUGCCUCCAGAAAAGGAAGAGAUGCUUAACGCCGCCAUUAGCCGGUCCAAUAUAUUGGAGCAAGAGCUUGCUGCAACCAAGAAGGCUUUGGAUGAUUCUCUCGGUCGUCAAGAAGACCUCGUGGCAUACAUUGAGAAAAAGAAGAAGAAAAAGAAGCUGUUCAACUACUGGUGAACGAGGAAAAUAUAAAAGGGAAAGCCUCUUGACGAAGUAGAGGAUUAAUGGUUGGUUGAUAAUGGUUUAUUUUUGGUAUUCAAGGGUCUAAAUCAACUACACCAAGCGUAUUGUAAAAUCAAUUUCUUGUUUAUAUUUUAUUAAAGAAAUAUAACAGGAAAAAAUAGUUUUCUUAUUUCUCUGUGUAUAUUAUACUUUCUUACAAAUACAUGUAUAU